UUCUCCUACAGCCAUGCCCAGUUUGAAGAAACCCGGCAUCAGGUCCACAAGCAGCCACUAGUGGGACAAUGGAAGCCAUUUGCCACAGCUACUAGAGAACAGGAGCUGCAGCACUCGGAGCCUCCUGGCAAGGACUGUGACAGUGGGGAUGAGAACCAGUCGAUGGCUCAGCUCAAUGUCUCCCGCUUGCGCAGUUCCUCUGUGGAGAUCCGUGAGAAGGGGUCAGAGUUCCUGAAAGAGGAGCUCCGCAGAGCUCUGAAGGAGCUGAAGUUAAAAGAUGAAGAAUGUGAAAAGCUUUCCAAAGUGAGAGAACAGCUGGAGCAGGAACUGGAAGAGUUAACAGCAAGCUUGUUUGAGGAGGCACAUAAGAUGGUUCGGGAAGCAAACACCAAACAGGCAGCAUCAGAAAAACAGCUGAGGGAAGCACGAGGGAAGAUUGACAUGCUGCAGGCAGAAGUGACAGCCUUGAAGACUCUGGUGAUAACAUCCACCCCUUCCUCUCCAAACCGGGAGCUGCACCCCCAGCUCCAAAGCCCCUCGAAAACAGCCUUCAGGAAAGGGCACGGGCGCAACAAAAGCACCAGCAGUGCUGUUGUCACUGCCACAAACCAGAGCACACCCUCGGAGCCAGUUGGCAGUGAGCUCAAAGAGGUGGAUUCCAUCUUGUUUGCAGAAUUUCAGGCUUGGAAGGAGUCUCCAUCUUUGGAUAAAUCAUGUCAGUUUCUGGAGAGAAUAUACCAGGAAGAUGUGGGCCCUUGUCUAGACUUCACCAAACAUGAGCUGUCAGAGUUGGUUCAGGCAGCCGUGGAGCAGAACACACUCACUAUUGAACCAGUGGCUACUCAGACUCUUCCUGUGGUGAAGGUGUCAGCCAUUGAGUGUGGUGGACCAAAGAAGUGUGCUCUGAGCGGCCUUUCCCGAGCAUGCAGACAUCGCAUCAAACUGGGGGACUCUGGGAAUUAUUACUACAUUUCUCCUUCCUGCAGGGCCAGGAUUACAGCAGUAUGCAACUUCUUCACCUACAUACGCUAUAUCCAGCAGGGACUGGUAAGGCAAGACGUGGAACUGAUGUACUGGGAAAUCAUGCGGCUCAGGAAAGAAAUGUCCCUUGCCAAGCUGGGGUUCUAUUCCAGUGAGAUGUAGCUCGGCACUGCCAGUCUUAAAGGGUGUCACCAUACAGAUACACCAUCAGACAGACAGAUGGUUUGGUGUUUCGUCUCCAUUAGGAAUAGAAGCUGGCAAAUGCAACAAGAAGACCAAAGGAGCACCAAUUUGUCCUGUGAAAUCAUUUGCCGCUUUCUGAGUUCACCUUCAAAAUGCAGAUUUGCCCAGUGACUUCUAGAUCUUUGGCACAAUCAAGUGAGGUUACCCACACUCAUGGAAUUAUUUUUCUAUGCAUUCUUCAGCCAGCCUACGUCUAAUAUUCUUGAAUUAUUUGCUUCAGCAAUUGUAAUAGCCAUACACUGAACUACGCUCUUGUUGAUCCUGCGUGUAACUGGGAAUAUCCACAUGAAAGAAAGAAAGAAAGAAAGGUUUGAGCUGUAAUGCACAGCUUGUUGCUCCAGCUGUUGGUAAGGGGAGGGGCCCUCUCCAGAUGCUAGCACUACACAAUGACCUUGCUUUAUAGCCACUGAGUGGGUGUUCUUCCAGUGCUUCCCAGACCUCUGUCUUCUGAGGUGCCUGCAAGAUUCAGGCUGGAGAGGCAGAGUCACAAAGAAUGCUUUUCAUUCUGUUUAUAACUCAGGGUUUGCCUUUUUGGUUGUAUAAGAGAUCCCAUACUUGAUCCUGUGAGGACAGACAGGCAUUCUUGGCCAAACCUCUGACUGGAGCCUCAGUCAUGAUGCAAGAAUGAGGAAGUUGCAUAACAUUGGAUGUCCCAAAACUAUGUAGAGGUUAGUGGCCUGAGGCUGCAGAUGGUUUUUCUCCACAAUCUGGUGGGUGAACUUGGUUGCCAUGUUGGCUCUCAAAGAAGCAGUUCUCAUCUGCUGACAUCAUGUGUCUCAUUUGAAUUCCUUCACUGUACUUUGUAGCCAUCUAAGCACCAGCUGGAGAUUCACUUCCAUUGUGUUACUACAGACACUUGUGUAAGACACUUUUCCUGUGCUCAGAUUUCCCGUUAGACAGAUAUAAAAGAGCAUUUUUCUUUAGUGCUGUAUUAAUGUUAAAGGUGUAAAAUUAAUACAGAGCAUAACACAUUGAGUUCAUCUUGACUUUUGCUCUUAAAUUUUCUAGAAAGAUAGAGUUGUGUGGAAUGUCAAUUCUGCUCUUUUUUAAUGGAAUGGGCAGGAGCACACAAUAGGUUUUGGAAUGAAAAAUUAAUUUUGACUUUAUAAACAGCAAGUAGACUUGAUUUUGAAUUUGAAAACCACACAGGAGAAGCGGGAGGCCUGUUAAGUGAUAGCAAAGCAAAAGUCUCUCCUAGCUUUUGAUUUGGAGGCUAAACCACUUGAGACUUCGCUUGAGGACAGGCUGCUUGACGGUUAAGACCAGCAUUGCGGGCACUCUCUUCCAUUUGCAAACUGCAUCCUCUGCUCUGAAGGCCAUUCUCCGUAUCCUCAGAUUUAAGGGAACUUGUCAGUGGUUUAUUCAUUGGAGAAGGCCCUCAUCUCAUGUUGAAAUGCACUCAUUUCUCCCCACAUUCCAUGGAUGAUCUCUGACAUUGAGACUGUUUAAGCCCCUCCCCCCCACAAAAGCUGCUGCAUUGAGUCUACAACCUUCAUGAAAUGAAAUCUCAACUGCCAUGAUGCUUGGUUCCAUCAUCUCAGAUUCAGUUGGGCACAAAGGCCCUACUGGUAGAGAAGUGCUUUGCAUUGCUUUCUCUUUUCUCUUGAUGUCUGUUGCAUCUGCCUGAUUCCACGUCAUUGCUGGUACUCUCAAUUCCAUUCCCUGGUGGAGUGGCAUUGUAUGAGCUUUGGAGAGAAAUAAUUGCCUGUCUUUGGUACUACAUAGGGACUGUGUGCAAUGGUGAAGGCUGUUUGGCUUUAUUGACAGCAGUGACUUUUGGGAUAGUCUUUCCUUAUCAUUGCAGUUAAGUGAAUGUUCUGUUGGAUCUGGUUUGGGGGUCCCUGAUGCUUUGCUGCACGGUGGUCCUGGCAGUUGAACCAGGACAUGAUAUCAUCUUGAUCAUUUCUAGAAGCAUAUGCAUGCUAAGGAUUAUAAUAAAUAUAUAUAUACACACAUACAUACUUAUACAUAAAAUAAAAGUUCUCCCUAAAGAUGUAUCUGGGAGGAAAUAUUAAUGGAAUGAUGCUUCCAAGAGGACAAACUGCAACAACACUUGCCCCUUCCUGUUUUGGGCAAGUCUUGCUUUCAGCUAAUGGCCAAGAGACACCUCUUUGCCUCACUCCAUUCUUGUGUUGCUCCAGUUCCAUUCCUCCUGUCGGCAGAGAUGGCACAGGGCCAAAUGGAUUGGUGUUGACCAAAUCAGGUUAGAUCCCCUGAACUGCAAGGACAAGGAGUCUACAGAUGUGACUUUCCUCAUCUCUCUUGACAGCCCCCUAUAUUGCCCAAAUGCCAGUGUUAUGGACUGGGAGAGCUUAAUGCAACUGGGUUGCAUCUCAACUAAAAUGUCCCAACUAAGCCUAACAUUGCAAAAUGCUGCCUCAAAUGCUGUUCUGGAGGGGCAGGAGACCACUGCUGGAGCUGGCAGCAUGACGGGUUGUAGAGAUAAGGCAGCAGGGGGAACUUGCAAAAAUCACCCCCUUGUGUGCAGAGUGAUCUUUUUGAUAGGAUCCGUCCCACUGACUUCUCAACAGUCACAAGAAUACUGAGGGAAGAUAAGGGAAGUCUGUCUCACAUUCCUUGCCCUUCCAUCCCACAGAAAGCCUACUGUAUCUAAAUCACCUCUCCUCCAGUUAAUUUAACUGGGAAAGUAAAUUCUAGCUACUCCACAGUUGCUUCAUUUAUAGCCCCGAUCCUCUGUAUACUUGCGUUAAAGAAGUUAGUGUUUUAUGGGCUAGCCACCAAGAAUUGUAGUACCUAUGUCCAUGCUCUGUAAUUUCUCAAAGUUCCAAACAACUGAGGUCUGUGUGCAUGUAAAUCAGCAGUGUAGGAGGCACGUCCCACCCCAACACCAUCAUGCACAUUUCAAAGUUAAAUUAUCUUCGGUGACUUUUAAAAUAAUUUUAACACUGUUGUGUGUGAGCAUAUUCCAUAUGAUAGUUUUUUAUUGGGCUCAAAUGAGUUAUGCAAUUUCUUCUUGCAGUACUUGCCCUGUUCCCCAUAACAUCCAUAUAUAACAUUUCAGUGCAGAAAGAAACCAAAGGAGGCUUCUUGCUAGUAAUUCACUCUCUCAAGCGAGCAGAGGAGCUUUGUUUCUAUUGAAUAGCUGGCCCGCAUAAAAGAGAGUUGCUUUUAAUAGCAGACCAUUCAGGCCCUGGUGGAAUGAGGUAAUAUGAAAUAUUUUUCAAUCUAGAUUUCUCGUGAUUAUAGAGAACAUUCCACGUGUAGUAAGGUUAGUGUUUGGGUUCAUAAGAAUGAAAACUGCAGUGGGGUUUCUUGUCUUUGGCCUCAGUUUAGUGAGUCAGGUGCUGAAAACCUAUACAUUUGGGGGUUUUUGGUGGUGGUGGGGGAAUCAAGAUCGUUCCUUUCCUGUAAGGCAUAUACCUGCUACCCUCCCUGGACCACUGAGAAGCAUUUUCUUAGGUGGAAGGGGCAAUGAUCUGCAAUUCUCUUGGAUGCAUUACUAUCUCCUCUUGUGUUCCUAUUUUAAUAAAAUAUACUGAUCUCUAUUUAAUAAAUAGACACCAGUACUCAGAGUUGGGCUGGUUUUUCCUGCCUUCAGGCUGUUUUAUUCCUUUUCAAGCCUGCAUGUGUUCCAGCUGUAAAAUAAAUAGCACAUUUUCAAAACAGAA